AUCUCACAAGGACAAUGGUACCUCUUGCAUCCCAGCAUUGGUGUCUCAGCAAUGCACAUGCAACUUCUACACAACGACAAGGUCAUCGCCUUCGACCGGACCGAUUUCGGCCCCUCCAACCUCCCUCUUUCCUUUGGCCGCUGCCGGAUGGACCCCGAUGACACCGCCCUCAAAGUCGAUUGCACCGCUCACUCUGUGCUCUAUGACACCGCCACGACCAUGUUUCGGCCGUUGAUGGUCCAUACUGACACGUGGUGCUCCUCAGGCUCUGUCCUCCCCAACGGCACCCUCGUCCAAACCGGAGGUUUCAACGACGGCGAGCGACGCCUACGCAUGUUCACACCGUGCUUGGACCUAUCAUGUGAUUGGGUCGAGUUCCCAGGUUACUUGUCCGAAAGGAGAUGGUAUGCCACAAACCAAAUACUACCUGAUGGUCGUGUUAUAAUUGUUGGAGGGAGAAAACAAUUUUCCUACGAGUUCUAUCCUAAAAGCAAUGCAAAUUCACCCUCCUCAACAAAUUUUAAUUUUCUUCAAGAAACUUCGGAUCCAUUUGAAAACAACUUGUACCCUUUUGUGCAUCUUUUACCAGAUGGAAACCUAUUCAUCUUUGCCAACACACGUUCUGUGUUGCUUGACUACAAGCAGAACCGUGUGGUUAAAGAGUUUCCUCAGAUUCCAGGUGGAGAGCCUCGUAACUAUCCAAGCACUGGCUCAUCGGUUCUUCUUCCUCUAGAUGAAAACAUAGGCAACACUAUAGAAGCAGAGGUCAUGGUUUGCGGAGGGGCACCCCGUGGCUCGUUCGAGGCUGCUUCACAGGGAAACUUCAUGGAAGCUCUCAACACAUGUGGAAGGAUCAAAGUGACCGACCCUAACCCUACUUGGGUGAUGGAGAGCAUGCCAUUACCAAGAGCAAUGGGAGACAUGCUGCUUCUCCCCAAUGGUUAUAUCAUCAUCAUCAACGGUGUAAAGUCUGGCACGGCCGGGUGGGAGCACGGUCGUGACCCGGUGCUGACGCCAGUGAUUUAUCACCCAUCGGAGACUGACUCAGGGAAACGUUUUACUGUGAUGUCACCGGCUUCAAAACCUAGACUCUAUCACUCUUCAGCGGUGUUGUUAAGGGAUGGAAGAGUGUUAGUUGGUGGUAGCAACCCACAUAUAUUCUACAACUUCACAGGGGUUGAUUACCCUACUGAUCUUAGCUUAGAAGCCUUUUCUCCGCCAUAUUUGUCGUUGGCACUUGAUCCGGUCCGGCCAACAAUCAGGUUUCUGACGAACGAUGUAUUAGGAUACAGGGUGUACUCUUACAUCACGUUUACAGUGCCGAGUUUUACUUCGGCAAGUGAAGUUUCGGUUAGGCUCUUGGCACCGUCAUUUACAACGCACUCUUACGCAAUGAAUCAGAGGAUGGUGGUGUUAAAGUUGAUUAAGGUAACACAAGUGAACAUUGGGACUUAUUAUGCUACGGUGGUAGGGCCUUCGACUCAAGAGAUUGCGCCGGCAGGGUACUAUUUGUUGUUUGUGGUGCAUGCGGGUGUGCCCAGCACCGGUUCAUGGGUGCAAGUGAUGUGA